AUGGAUGGAAGGUUUGAGGGAGUGGUUUGGUGGCCCAUGCCACGUCAACGUCCUGCCCAUGAACUUUGGAGACAAGCUGUCUUCAAGGGCAUUUUCUUACCUUUAACAGCUGCCUUGCUGUUUCAGAAAUUGCGAAUGGCAACAUCCAGCAACGUGGGCCAUGAGGGGAUCGAAACAAAUUCGAGCUUUAUUCUGCGCCCUGGUGAUGAAGGUAAGUCCAUUGAGAGGUUGGACAGGCUGGACAACAAAUCUUUUGCAGAGGUGCAGAAGGUGUCUUCUGAGCCGUUUCAGACGGUAGAGCUACAGGAGGAUAAUCGGCCUUGGCAAAUUCACCGACUUCUUGUUCCACUAUCCCAGGAAGUGGCCAUGUGGUGGAACAACACAGACGACUUCAUCAUUUGGGCUACCCCGUGCCAGCACCCACAUUCUGGAGGUCUCAAUGACUCUCGAGUAGAGUGCUUGCAUUUGGAGGUGAAGAAUGCCAAACCAUUCAGCUACCACGGCCGAAACGUGCAAGCCAUUGAAACCGAGAUUAUCCUUCCGAAGACUACUGUUGUCAAGGAGUGCCGCUUCAGCUGGGUGCAGAUCCGUGUAGAUCUCCCGGAGAUCGACGGAACUUUGAGAGCCCUGCAUCUCUCGUGCCGGGUCACCCCACAAAGCUUUGAUGGAGGUGGUUUGCCAGGGAUCUUUGCACUGGUCUUCUUUGGCUGGCUCUUGCUUCCGUGGCCGCUUUUACUGCUGCCCACCACCAUCAUGUACACAGCGGCUCAGCCCAUCUUGGUGGCGUUGGCCUUCUGCGUGGCAAGCCUCUCGCGCUGCCUGCGCCGCCGGCGCCGGCUUUGGCGUCUGAGCAGCUUGGGCCGGAGGAAGGUGCCAGUGAAUGUGGCCUAUGGUGAGGGCGAGCCAUGCUGUAUUUGUUUCGGCACCGAGGACGAGGUACAGCUCGCCGUCUCCGUGCUGGGAGGAGUUCCUGGAGCAACUGCCUACCACUCCUCUGUGAUUGUCAACGGCCAUGAAUAUUUCUUCAGCGAUGGUGGCAUCGCAUCGACCUCUGACCUCUCCUCACACAAAAAUCCGCAGAUGCCGGACUCAAAACCUGAGGUCAUCGACAUGGGAAUGUCUCCGUACACGGGGUCUCAAAUGCGGGAGGCUUUGGAGCGCUACUUCAUCUCGGGAACGUACGAUUUGUUGCGCAAGAAUUGCAACUCCUUCUCUGACUGUGCGCUCUUCUACCUCCUACACAAGCGCUUGGACAAGAAGUACCGAGCAAUGGAGAAACUUGGUGCCUCCUUCUCUGGCGUGGUGCAAGCUGGCUCUGGUGGCCAAUACCAACCGAACCCUAAGGCUGACGGCUUUGAUGUGGAAAAAGUCUGCGAAGCGAUUGAUCCAGAUAAGUUGUGGAAGACACCUGGCCAGGCCACUGGAGGGUCGACAGUGUCCUCAGCAGAGGAAAUGCGAAAUAAGCGACUGGCACGACUCACUGGGGGUGGCGGAGGAUACGCAGGUGAAGCACAAGGAGGGCAAGCGAGUGCGGCAGCUGGUGCUCCAGCACCACCACCGCCACCGCCGCCAGCGGCCGCGGCCGCGUGA